AUGACCAAACAGUGUAGUUUGGAUAAUUGCCAAAAGGAAUAUUGCUUCGAGUCUUCUCAAGUAGUCACCUUCAAAAAUUGGCCAUGUUCGUGGAUGAAGCCGAAAAAACUAGCAGCUGCUGGAUUCUAUUAUACGAGCAGAGACGAUAAUGUGAAAUGUUUUGAAUGUAAUCUUGAAAUCAGCAAGUGGGAAAUAAAUGACAAUCUAAUAGCUGAUCAUAAACGAUGGUCCAGACAAUGUCGACUUGUUAAUAAUUUACUGUGCGGAUACGUAUCUAUCAGUGUGGAUCCCAGCACAAAUUCAGCAAAAGAAAUGGAUGUGUGCACAUCUUUUAUACCUGUGUCUAGUUCGGAUGAUGUCAUCAAAGAUGAAACAUCGAACAUCCACAGUUUGCUAGUUACGAAGCUAGAAUCCACACAUUUGAAACAUGGCCGAAAUCUUUAA